AUGCUUGCAGCUGAAUAUCCUGCCACAGAGCCUGAUAUAGUUCCAGCGCAACCUGCACCAAGUGCUCCCAUUGUUGCACCCAUAGAACUGCCCACCAUAGCUCCAGUGAAUCCACCUGCAACUCCACCUACAGCAGCGCCAACAGCAGCUCCUACCAAUUGGCCCGUAGGUUUAUUGUCACUGAUGAAUCCACCGACUCCACCCGACAAACCGCCAGAAGCACCACCUACUACAACACCCCAUACCACAGGAUUCAUAGCAAUCGCGGUUUUUAACCUGUUAAAAAAGUUACAUAUUAGUUUACACGAAACAGCAAGUAUCCUUAGCGAUAUGUAA